UCGGGGUUUGUCCUCCUUUUUUUCCCCCUUCGACCAUUACGGCAUUACCCAACUUCCGUGUAAGGUUUUUCCACUUUGUUUUAUGUUUAUUUUUAUUUUUUCUUUCUUUUUUGACUGGGGAAAAGGUGGUCGAAGGUUUUUUCUUUUUCUUUUUGUUUUAUUUUUUAUUUUUUAUUUUUUAUUUUUUAUUUUUUAUUUUUACUUUUUCUUUCUUUUUUAACUGGGGGAAAGGUGGUCGUGUAAUAUAGUCAUCUAGUGUCAAGAAAGGAAGGGAAGGUCGGAAACUCGGAACACCACUGUUGAAAGACGAACAGAACAGUGACAGAAGUUGGUUUCGAUCAGAGAGCUCCGUCUAGCAGUUGGUUUAAUUUCCAUUAUUGUUUGAGAUGUGGGUAAAUUAGUAGUAAUACAGUGGAACGGGAAGAAAUUUGGUUGCAAUCUCUCUGUGGACUUGAACACGUACAAUGACAGACGCCGCCAACGACGGUGGUUUUAGUCCAUUCAAUAUUACUAACACAGGAAGUGCUCCACCUGAACGCCUCAAGCGCUGGAGGCAAGCAGCACUUGUUUUAAAUGCUAGUCGGAGAUUCCGUUAUACCUUGAACUUGAAGAAAGAAGAGAAUGAAAAGCACAUCAGAGCGCAUGUACAAGCUGCUGCAAAUCUUUUCAACGGAGCUACAGAGGCAGUUAUGUUUACAAUAGAGUAUCCCGAUCUUCCACAUGGUGGAUAUGGAGUUACGCCAGAGGUACUUGCUGAUAUGUCAAAAAACCAUGAUUUGUCCGAACUACAGAAAUUCGGUGGGGUAACUGGGUUAGCAGAAAAGCUUAAAUCCAAUGUGGAGCAGGGGAUCCCAGGGAAUGAUGAAGAUAUUUUGCAAAGGAAAAAUGUAUUUGGAACAAACACUUAUGCUCAAAAGAAGGGGCGAACUUUUUGGCGGUUCCUUUGGGAGGCUUGUUUAGAUUUGACUUUAUUAAUAUUGGUGGUAGCUGCUUUGGCAUCUUUGGCUCUCGGUAUCAGAUCAGAGGGAAUUAAACAAGGAUGGUAUGACGGUGGAAGCGUUAUCUUUGCUGUUUUCCUUGUCAUUGUUGUUACAGCCAUCAGUGAUUACCAACAAUAUCUCCAGUUACGGGAUCUACGGAAUCUGAAUGGUCAGGAAAGGAAUAUACAUUAUGAGAUUACCCGAGGGGGUAGAAGGGUGAUGUCUUCAAUCUUUGACAUUAUUGUUGGAGAUGUUAUACAUCUUAAAGUUGGUGAUCAGGUGCCUGCUGAUGGAGUGCUAAUAUCUGGUUAUUCUCUUGCAAUUGAUGAGUCGAGUAUCACCGGAGUGGCUAAAAUUAUUACCAUGGGUUCAAAGACACCCUUCCUAACGUCUGGUUGCAAAGUAGCUGAUGGGUUCGGUACUAUGCUGGUCAUAAGUGUGGGUGUAAACACAGAAUGGGGUAGGAUUAUGUCCAGUAUCCCAGAAGACAUCUGUGAAGAAACACCGUUGCAGGUGCGCCUAAAUGGCCUCACAACGUUUAUUGGUCUAGCUGGUUUAACAGUGCCCUUUAUUUUUUUUGUUGCGGUUCUUAUCUGGUACUUUACUGGUCAUACAACAAAUGUUAAUGGAACUCCACAGUUCGAGAGAGGAAAAACAAGCGCAAUACAUGCUUUAGGAGGAGUCAUCAAGAUUGUUACUGUUGCGGUAUGUGUUGUACAACUUUCAUGGAUAUUCUUUUUGUUCUUGAUACAUAUGCUUUCGAUCUUGUGGGUAUUACAUCUUUUAACUUUCCAGGUGGCUAUUAUUGUUGUUGCGGUGCCUGAAGGUUUUCCCUUAUUUGUCACCUUAAUGCUUGCUUCCUUGAUGAAAAAAUUGAUAACGGACAAGGCUAUGGUUCGGAGGCUUUCUGCCAUUGAAACCAUGGGUUCUGUCACUACAAUAUGCACUGGCAAAACUGGAACAUUGACCCUGAAUCAGAUGACUGUCGUGGAAGCUUAUGCGAAUGGGAAGAAAUUUGAUCCACCAAAUGAUGGUUCAUUGUUGUCUCCUAUGUUCUCCUCUGUACUCAUCGAGGGAAUUGCACAGAAUACCACUGGCUGUGUUUGUUUACCCAAGGGUGGGGGGGAUGUCGAAUUUUCUGGGUCACCAACAGAAAAGGCCAUCCUUUCUUGGGGAGUUAAGCUUGGACUGAACUUCGUUGCUAAAAGAGCGGAGUCCACGAUUAUUCAUGCAUCCCCAUUCAAUUCAGAGAAAAAACGGGGAGGCGUCGCAGUUAAAACACCUAGUUCUGAAGUCCGUGUACAUUGGAAGGGAGCAGCUGAAAUAGUAUUGGCCUCAUGCACCAGUUUUCUGGAUGAAAAUGACUCUGUCAUGUCACUGGAUGAGGAUAAGUUGGCAUUUUAUAGGAAGGCUAUUAAAGGUAUGGCUGAGAAAAGUCUCCGUUGCGUUGCCAUUGCGUAUAGAUCUAUCAAGCUGGAUAAAGUGUCGUCUGACGAAGAGCAACUACGUCAGUGGGCGAUGCCAGACGAUGAGUUGGUUUUGCUGGCAAUUGUUGGUAUUAAGGAUCCUUGUCGGCCUGGAGUCAGAGGUUCAGUGGACUUAUGCGAGGCUGCUGGUGUGAAGAUAUGCAUGGUCACUGGUGACAAUCUUCAGACUGCUAAAGCAAUAGCUGUGGAGUGUGGCAUCCUAGCUUCAGAUGCAGAUUGUAACGAACCAAACUUGAUUGAGGGAAAAUCAUUUCGUAGCAAGUCGGAAGCUGAGAGAGAAAACAUUGCAGAAAAGAUAUCAGUUAUGGGAAGGUCUUCACCAAAUGACAAGUUUUUGCUUGUCCAAGCUUUGAAGAGGAAGGGUCAAGUUGUAGCUGUCACUGGUCAUGGAACCAAUGAUGCUCCAGCGUUAAAUGAGGGAGACAUUGGUCUUGCAAUGGGUAUUGCUGGCACCGAAGUGGCAAAAGAAAGCUCAGAUAUCAUCAUCUUGGAUGAUAAUUUUCAUUCAGUUGUUAAGGUUAUUCGAUGGGGUAGAUCUGUAUAUGCAAACAUUCAGAAAUUCAUUCAAUUCCAACUCACAGUAAAUGUGGCUGCCCUCAUAAUCAAUGUUGUUGUUGCAAUUUCCACUGGUGAUGUCCCACUAAAUGCUGUACAGCUUCUCUGGGUCAAUCUGAUAAUUGAUGUUCUAGGAGCACUUGCAUUGGCUAAAGAACCACCUACAGAUCACCUUAUGCACAGACCUCCUAUUGGUCGAAGGGAGCCUCUUAUAACAAAUGUUAUGUGGUGGAAUCUAUUUAUACAGGCUGUUUAUCAAUUAAUUGUUGUGCUUGUACUCGACUUUUUUGGUCAAAAUAUCUUGCCUCUGCGGCAUGAUUCCAUUGAACUUGCUAAUGAAGUAAAGUACACAAUGAUCUUCAAUACAUUUGUCCUUUGUCAGAUUUUUAAUGAGUUCAAUGCUCGUAGGCCUGAUCAACUUAAUAUUUUUGAUGGAAUUAUUAAAAAUUAUUUCUUCAUUGGAAUAAUAGCACUAACUUUGAUACUUCAGUUCAUGAUAGUUGAGUUCCUAGGCAAGUUGGUGAAAACUGUAAAACUGACUCCGCAAUUGUGGCUCGUCUGCAUUGUCAUUGGUUUCAUCAGUUGGCCUCUUGCUGCCUUGGGUAAGUUGGGACCUGUACCAAAGACUCCUGUUGCAUGGGGUGUCAUUAUGGUUUUAGUCGGCAUCGUCAUAGCCAUAUUGAUCGGGCAAAAGUAUACAGAUAAGUAAGGUUACAUAUUCAAUUUACACUUCUAACAUAGAUGAUAGAUAUCUAACACUUAGAUGACAAAAGAUAUUCUUGAUGUAAUUAUGUAACAAUCAAAAAUUAUAACAGAGUAUCAUAUAUGGAAAGUUUUGUGGCCAUUGUGAUCUUUUCUUAAUGGCCGAAUAUCACUAGUA